GUCAGAUCUUAACCCACCUAAAAUCUCUCUUUUCUCCAACUCUCUCAAAAUGUCUGUCCCUGUCUGAGAAACAGAAACUCAAAAGUUACUCUCAAAGACGAAAAGAAGCAGUUCAAAGAUCAUAAAAGCAAGCCCUGUUCUCCACUCCCAUUUUUACUACAACCACUUGCAGGAGUAAUGGCAGGGGCUGCUGAUCCACAUGAUUUUUCAGAUAGUGAUAGAAGCUCAGAGGAUGAAACUGCUGUUAACACUGCUGAGUAUGAAGGGAUGGGGCCAGAACUAUUGCAGGGGCAUAAUGUAAUGAAUAAUGAGUUCAUUGCGUUAGAACAAUCUGGCAAAGCUUUGGAUAUAGGAAACUUGGAGCCAUACAAUGGGAUGACUUUCCAAUCCCUAGAUGAUGCAAGGGAUUUUUAUUUUGAAUAUGCUAAGCGCACUGGUUUCACCAUACGAACGAAUCGAAUCCGACACUCACUAAAGAACAUGGCUAUAAUUGGGCGGGAUUUUGUUUGUUCUAGAGAAGGUUUUCGAGCAGCAAAGCAUACACAUAGAAAAGACAGGGUUCUUCCUCCAAGGCCAAUUACAAGAGAAGGUUGCAAAGCAAUGAUAAGGUUGGCUGCAAGGGAUGGAGGUAAAUGGAUUGUUACCAAAUUUGUACGAGAGCAUAACCACAAGCUAAUGACACUUUGCAAAUUUCCGGGGGAACUGCCAACUAUUAAUAUGCUUAGUGAGGAAGAGAAGGAUAAGAAAAUACAGGAUCUAACCAGUGAACUACAACGUGAAAAAGAACGGUCUGCAGCAUUUCGGCAGCAACUACAGAAGAUUCUCAAAGAUCUCGAAGAACAUGCUGAAUUUAUGUCAAUAAGAGUUGAAGACAUAGUUGACAGCCUGAAAAAGGUUGAACUUGAUGAUGUAUAGCUUUAACUGGCCUUGUUCGCCUGCAAUUUUUCAUAGGAUGGGCCAUAACUAAACCUAAUUUUAUAACACUAGGAUACUACUAAAUUCAAUCCUUGGAUUCAACAUUUUAAAUGUUCUGAGGCUGCCAUUGUAGUUCAUUAGCAUAACACUGUAUCUUAAAAACCACCAUGAUAGAGAAAUAUUUGCUGGGGAUUUCUUUGGCAUUUUCCUCUCAGUGAGUUCUGUUGUAUUCAAACAAGUGAAGAAUAUGAAAACGGUUUUAACAUGUUAAUUUCCUUAAA